GGUGGUUAAACUAAUGUGACAUUCUAAAGAUGUUUUCAAAUGACCUGGUGUUAAUGACGCUGUUUUCUUUCCCUAGCUGAUGAUGCCGUACCCAGAAAGGACGUAGUGUUUCUGCUGGACGGUUCAGAUGGCACUAGAAAUACAUUCCCAGCGAUGCGUGAAUUUGUGCAAAGAGUAGUGGAGCAAUUCAACAUAGAGGCAAACAGAGACCGUGUUUCUGUGGUGCAGUACAGUAGAGACGCGGAGGUCAAUUUCUAUCUGAAUACCUACUCAACAAAAGGGGAGAUCCUGAACACUGUCAGAGGUCUGAGGCAUAGAGGAGGGAGACCCCUCAACACAGGGGCAGCUCUCCAGUACGUGAGGGACAGUGUCUUCACUGCCUCUGCGGGGAGUAGAAAGCAAGAGGGUGUCCCUCAGAUUCUUAUCCUCCUCAGUGGAGGACGGUCAAGCGAUAACAUAGAUGCACCUGCCUCUGCCCUGAAAGAGAGGGGAAUCUUGAUUUUUGGCAUUGGCACCAGAAAUUCGAGCAGAGAGGUGCAGAGAAUUGCCAACGAUCCUACCUAUGCACAGUCCAUCAAUGAAUUCUCUGAUCUUCCCAGUGUCCAGCAGCAGUUUAUCAGCUCCCUCAACAAUGUGCUUGUACAAGUCAAGCCAACGACACCUACUGUGGCGGCUGAGCGAAGGAUGGCUAGGAGGGAUGUAGUGUUCCUGCUGGAUGGUUCAGAUGGCACAAGGAGCUCUUUCCCUGCAAUGCGUGACUUUGUUGAGAGGAUGGUGGAGAGACUGAAUGUGUCUGAGAACAGAGACCGUGUGUCUGUGGUCCAGUACAGCAGAGAUCCAGAGGCCCAUUUCUAUCUUAACACAUACUCAAGAAAGGAGGACGUGCUUGACACGCUCAGGGGUCUGAGGCACAAAGGAGGGAGACCCCUCAACACAGGGGCAGCUCUGCAGUACGUGAGGGACAAUGUCUUCACUGCCUCCGCUGGAAGCAGACUUGUAGAAGGUGUGCCUCAGUUACUGAUUCUGCUGAGUGGUGGAAGGUCAUUUGAUAAUGUUGACACACCAGCCUCAUCCCUGAAGGAGCUGGGAGUGCUUAUCUUUGGGAUAGGGUCAAGGAGCUCAGACAGCGGGGAACUCCAGAAGAUCUCCCAUGAGCCUAGUUAUGCACUCUCAGUGAGUGACUUCGCUGACCUUCCCAGUGUCCAACAGCAGCUUUUCACCAACAUUAACACGGUCUUUGUAGAGGCCACGCCUAUCACUACCACAACGAUAGCUGAGGGCCGUAGACAGAGGAGAGAUGUUGUCUUCCUGCUGGAUGGAUCAGAUGGCACUAGGAAUGGGUUCCCAGCAAUGAAAGAAUUUGUGCAAAGAAUGGUGGAGAAAUUGGAAGUAGCUGAGAACAGAGAUCGCGUUUCUGUGGUCCAGUACAGCAGAGACCCAGAGGCCCAUUUCUAUCUGAACACGUACACGACAAAGGAAGAAGUUCUUGACAGUGUCAGAGGUCUGCGGCACAAAGGAGGCAGACCCCUCUACACGGGGGCAGCGCUCCAGUACGUCAGAGACAAUGUUUUUACUGCCUCCUCCGGCAGCAGACGGCUGGAGGGUGUGCCGCAGAUACUGGUUUUGCUUAGCGGGGAAAGGUCAUUUGACAGUGUUGAGGCAGCAGCCUCUUCUCUGAAAAAGCUUGGCGUCUUGACCUUUGGAAUAGGAUCGAGGGGCUCUGAUAGCAGAGAAUUGCAGAGAAUUUCAUACGACCCCAAUUAUGCUCUGUCCGUGUCCGACUUCAGCGAGCUUCCAAAUGUCCAAGAGCAGCUGCUGGCCUCUGUCCAGGCUGUUUCAAUUCCCAUCACUCCAACUACACCGACUGUAACCGCUGAUUAUGUCGCACCCAGAAAGGACGUAGUGUUUCUGCUGGACGGUUCAGAUGGCACUAGGAAUUCAUUCCCAGCAAUGCGUGAUUUUGUGCAAAGAGUAGUGGAGCAAUUCAACAUAGAGCCAACCAGAGACCGUGUUUCUGUGGUGCAGUACAGUAGAGACGCCGAGGUCCAUUUCUAUCUGAACAGCUACACGACAAAGGAAGACGUUCUCGACCGUGUCAGAGGUCUGAGACACAAAGGAGGUAGACCCCUCUACACGGGGGCAGCUCUCCAGUACGUCAGAGACAAUGUCUUUACUGCCUCCUCCGGCAGCAGACGGUUGGAGGGUGUGCCGCAGGUACUGAUCCUGCUUAACGGGGGAAGGUCAUUGGACAGUGUUGAUGCAGCAGCCUCCUCUCUGAAAGAGCUUGGCGUCUUGACCUUUGGAAUAGGAUCGAGGGGCUCUGAUAGCAGAGAACUGCAGAGAAUCUCAUACGACCCCAAUUAUGCUCUUUCCGUGUCCGACUUCAGUGAGCUUCCAAAUGUCCAAGAGCAGCUGCUGGCCUCUGUCCAGGCUGUUGCGAUGCCCAUCACUCCAACUACCCCGACUCUCACCGCUGAUGAUGCCGUACCCAGAAAGGACGUAGUGUUUCUGCUGGACGGUUCAGAUGGCACUAGAAAUACAUUCCCAGCGAUGCGUGAAUUUGUGCAAAGAGUAGUGGAGCAAUUCAACAUAGAGGCAAACAGAGACCGUGUUUCUGUGGUGCAGUACAGUAGAGACGCGGAGGUCAAUUUCUAUCUGAAUACCUACUCAACAAAAGGGGAGAUCCUGAACACUGUCAGAGGUCUGAGGCAUAGAGGAGGGAGACCCCUCAACACAGGGGCAGCUCUCCAGUACGUGAGGGACAGUGUCUUCACUGCCUCUGCGGGGAGUAGAAAGCAAGAGGGUGUCCCUCAGAUUCUUAUCCUCCUCAGUGGAGGACGGUCAAGCGAUAACAUAGAUGCACCUGCCUCUGCCCUGAAAGAGAGGGGAAUCUUGAUUUUUGGCAUUGGCACCAGAAAUUCGAGCAGAGAGGUGCAGAGAAUUGCCAACGAUCCUACCUAUGCACAGUCCAUCAAUGAAUUCUCUGAUCUUCCCAGUGUCCAGCAGCAGUUUAUCAGCUCCCUCAACAAUGUGCUUGUACAAGUCAAGCCAACGACACCUACUGUGGCGGCUGAGCGAAGGAUGGCUAGGAGGGAUGUAGUGUUCCUGCUGGAUGGUUCAGAUGGCACAAGGAGCUCUUUCCCUGCAAUGCGUGACUUUGUUGAGAGGAUGGUGGAGAGACUGAAUGUGUCUGAGAACAGAGACCGUGUGUCUGUGGUCCAGUACAGCAGAGAUCCAGAGGCCCAUUUCUAUCUUAACACAUACUCAAGAAAGGAGGACGUGCUUGACACGCUCAGGGGUCUGAGGCACAAAGGAGGGAGACCCCUCAACACAGGGGCAGCUCUGCAGUACGUGAGGGACAAUGUCUUCACUGCCUCCGCUGGAAGCAGACUUGUAGAAGGUGUGCCUCAGUUACUGAUUCUGCUGAGUGGUGGAAGGUCAUUUGAUAAUGUUGACACACCAGCCUCAUCCCUGAAGGAGCUGGGAGUGCUUAUCUUUGGGAUAGGGUCAAGGAGCUCAGACAGCGGGGAACUCCAGAAGAUCUCCCAUGAGCCUAGUUAUGCACUCUCAGUGAGUGACUUCGCUGACCUUCCCAGUGUCCAACAGCAGCUUUUCACCAACAUUAACACGGUCUUUGUAGAGGCCACGCCUAUCACUACCACAACGAUAGCUGAGGGCCGUAGACAGAGGAGAGAUGUUGUCUUCCUGCUGGAUGGAUCAGAUGGCACUAGGAAUGGGUUCCCAGCAAUGAAAGAAUUUGUGCAAAGAAUGGUGGAGAAAUUGGAAGUAGCUGAGAACAGAGAUCGCGUUUCUGUGGUCCAGUACAGCAGAGACCCAGAGGCCCAUUUCUAUCUGAACACGUACACGACAAAGGAAGAAGUUCUUGACAGUGUCAGAGGUCUGCGGCACAAAGGAGGCAGACCCCUCUACACGGGGGCAGCGCUCCAGUACGUCAGAGACAAUGUUUUUACUGCCUCCUCCGGCAGCAGACGGCUGGAGGGUGUGCCGCAGAUACUGGUUUUGCUUAGCGGGGAAAGGUCAUUUGACAGUGUUGAGGCAGCAGCCUCUUCUCUGAAAAAGCUUGGCGUCUUGACCUUUGGAAUAGGAUCGAGGGGCUCUGAUAGCAGAGAAUUGCAGAGAAUUUCAUACGACCCCAAUUAUGCUCUGUCCGUGUCCGACUUCAGCGAGCUUCCAAAUGUCCAAGAGCAGCUGCUGGCCUCUGUCCAGGCUGUUUCAAUUCCCAUCACUCCAACUACACCGACUGUAACCGCUGAUUAUGUCGCACCCAGAAAGGACGUAGUGUUUCUGCUGGACGGUUCAGAUGGCACUAGGAAUUCAUUCCCAGCAAUGCGUGAUUUUGUGCAAAGAGUAGUGGAGCAAUUCAACAUAGAGCCAACCAGAGACCGUGUUUCUGUGGUGCAGUACAGUAGAGACGCCGAGGUCCAUUUCUAUCUGAACAGCUACACGACAAAGGAAGACGUUCUCGACCGUGUCAGAGGUCUGAGACACAAAGGAGGUAGACCCCUCUACACGGGGGCAGCUCUCCAGUACGUCAGAGACAAUGUCUUUACUGCCUCCUCCGGCAGCAGACGGUUGGAGGGUGUGCCGCAGGUACUGAUCCUGCUUAACGGGGGAAGGUCAUUGGACAGUGUUGAUGCAGCAGCCUCCUCUCUGAAAGAGCUUGGCGUCUUGACCUUUGGAAUAGGAUCGAGGGGCUCUGAUAGCAGAGAACUGCAGAGAAUCUCAUACGACCCCAAUUAUGCUCUUUCCGUGUCCGACUUCAGUGAGCUUCCAAAUGUCCAAGAGCAGCUGCUGGCCUCUGUCCAGGCUGUUGCGAUGCCCAUCACUCCAACUACCCCGACUCUCACCGCUGAUGAUGCCGUACCCAGAAAGGACGUAGUGUUUCUGCUGGACGGUUCAGAUGGCACUAGAAAUACAUUCCCAGCGAUGCGUGAAUUUGUGCAAAGAGUAGUGGAGCAAUUCAACAUAGAGGCAAACAGAGACCGUGUUUCUGUGGUGCAGUACAGUAGAGACGCGGAGGUCAAUUUCUAUCUGAAUACCUACUCAACAAAAGGGGAGAUCCUGAACACUGUCAGAGGUCUGAGGCAUAGAGGAGGGAGACCCCUCAACACAGGGGCAGCUCUCCAGUACGUGAGGGACAGUGUCUUCACUGCCUCUGCGGGGAGUAGAAAGCAAGAGGGUGUCCCUCAGAUUCUUAUCCUCCUCAGUGGAGGACGGUCAAGCGAUAACAUAGAUGCACCUGCCUCUGCCCUGAAAGAGAGGGGAAUCUUGAUUUUUGGCAUUGGCACCAGAAAUUCGAGCAGAGAGGUGCAGAGAAUUGCCAACGAUCCUACCUAUGCACAGUCCAUCAAUGAAUUCUCUGAUCUUCCCAGUGUCCAGCAGCAGUUUAUCAGCUCCCUCAACAAUGUGCUUGUACAAGUCAAGCCAACGACACCUACUGUGGCGGCUGAGCGAAGGAUGGCUAGGAGGGAUGUAGUGUUCCUGCUGGAUGGUUCAGAUGGCACAAGGAGCUCUUUCCCUGCAAUGCGUGACUUUGUUGAGAGGAUGGUGGAGAGACUGAAUGUGUCUGAGAACAGAGACCGUGUGUCUGUGGUCCAGUACAGCAGAGAUCCAGAGGCCCAUUUCUAUCUUAACACAUACUCAAGAAAGGAGGACGUGCUUGACACGCUCAGGGGUCUGAGGCACAAAGGAGGGAGACCCCUCAACACAGGGGCAGCUCUGCAGUACGUGAGGGACAAUGUCUUCACUGCCUCCGCUGGAAGCAGACUUGUAGAAGGUGUGCCUCAGUUACUGAUUCUGCUGAGUGGUGGAAGGUCAUUUGAUAAUGUUGACACACCAGCCUCAUCCCUGAAGGAGCUGGGAGUGCUUAUCUUUGGGAUAGGGUCAAGGAGCUCAGACAGCGGGGAACUCCAGAAGAUCUCCCAUGAGCCUAGUUAUGCACUCUCAGUGAGUGACUUCGCUGACCUUCCCAGUGUCCAACAGCAGCUUUUCACCAACAUUAACACGGUCUUUGUAGAGGCCACGCCUAUCACUACCACAACGAUAGCUGAGGGCCGUAGACAGAGGAGAGAUGUUGUCUUCCUGCUGGAUGGAUCAGAUGGCACUAGGAAUGGGUUCCCAGCAAUGAAAGAAUUUGUGCAAAGAAUGGUGGAGAAAUUGGAAGUAGCUGAGAACAGAGAUCGCGUUUCUGUGGUCCAGUACAGCAGAGACCCAGAGGCCCAUUUCUAUCUGAACACGUACACGACAAAGGAAGAAGUUCUUGACAGUGUCAGAGGUCUGCGGCACAAAGGAGGCAGACCCCUCUACACGGGGGCAGCGCUCCAGUACGUCAGAGACAAUGUUUUUACUGCCUCCUCCGGCAGCAGACGGCUGGAGGGUGUGCCGCAGAUACUGGUUUUGCUUAGCGGGGAAAGGUCAUUUGACAGUGUUGAGGCAGCAGCCUCUUCUCUGAAAAAGCUUGGCGUCUUGACCUUUGGAAUAGGAUCGAGGGGCUCUGAUAGCAGAGAAUUGCAGAGAAUUUCAUACGACCCCAAUUAUGCUCUGUCCGUGUCCGACUUCAGCGAGCUUCCAAAUGUCCAAGAGCAGCUGCUGGCCUCUGUCCAGGCUGUUUCAAUUCCCAUCACUCCAACUACACCGACUGUAACCGCUGAUUAUGUCGCACCCAGAAAGGACGUAGUGUUUCUGCUGGACGGUUCAGAUGGCACUAGGAAUUCAUUCCCAGCAAUGCGUGAUUUUGUGCAAAGAGUAGUGGAGCAAUUCAACAUAGAGCCAACCAGAGACCGUGUUUCUGUGGUGCAGUACAGUAGAGACGCCGAGGUCCAUUUCUAUCUGAACAGCUACACGACAAAGGAAGACGUUCUCGACCGUGUCAGAGGUCUGAGACACAAAGGAGGUAGACCCCUCUACACGGGGGCAGCUCUCCAGUACGUCAGAGACAAUGUCUUUACUGCCUCCUCCGGCAGCAGACGGUUGGAGGGUGUGCCGCAGGUACUGAUCCUGCUUAACGGGGGAAGGUCAUUGGACAGUGUUGAUGCAGCAGCCUCCUCUCUGAAAGAGCUUGGCGUCUUGACCUUUGGAAUAGGAUCGAGGGGCUCUGAUAGCAGAGAACUGCAGAGAAUCUCAUACGACCCCAAUUAUGCUCUUUCCGUGUCCGACUUCAGUGAGCUUCCAAAUGUCCAAGAGCAGCUGCUGGCCUCUGUCCAGGCUGUUGCGAUGCCCAUCACUCCAACUACCCCGACUCUCACCGCUGAUGAUGCCGUACCCAGAAAGGACGUAGUGUUUCUGCUGGACGGUUCAGAUGGCACUAGAAAUACAUUCCCAGCGAUGCGUGAAUUUGUGCAAAGAGUAGUGGAGCAAUUCAACAUAGAGGCAAACAGAGACCGUGUUUCUGUGGUGCAGUACAGUAGAGACGCGGAGGUCAAUUUCUAUCUGAAUACCUACUCAACAAAAGGGGAGAUCCUGAACACUGUCAGAGGUCUGAGGCAUAGAGGAGGGAGACCCCUCAACACAGGGGCAGCUCUCCAGUACGUGAGGGACAGUGUCUUCACUGCCUCUGCGGGGAGUAGAAAGCAAGAGGGUGUCCCUCAGAUUCUUAUCCUCCUCAGUGGAGGACGGUCAAGCGAUAACAUAGAUGCACCUGCCUCUGCCCUGAAAGAGAGGGGAAUCUUGAUUUUUGGCAUUGGCACCAGAAAUUCGAGCAGAGAGGUGCAGAGAAUUGCCAACGAUCCUACCUAUGCACAGUCCAUCAAUGAAUUCUCUGAUCUUCCCAGUGUCCAGCAGCAGUUUAUCAGCUCCCUCAACAAUGUGCUUGUACAAGUCAAGCCAACGACACCUACUGUGGCGGCUGAGCGAAGGAUGGCUAGGAGGGAUGUAGUGUUCCUGCUGGAUGGUUCAGAUGGCACAAGGAGCUCUUUCCCUGCAAUGCGUGACUUUGUUGAGAGGAUGGUGGAGAGACUGAAUGUGUCUGAGAACAGAGACCGUGUGUCUGUGGUCCAGUACAGCAGAGAUCCAGAGGCCCAUUUCUAUCUUAACACAUACUCAAGAAAGGAGGACGUGCUUGACACGCUCAGGGGUCUGAGGCACAAAGGAGGGAGACCCCUCAACACAGGGGCAGCUCUGCAGUACGUGAGGGACAAUGUCUUCACUGCCUCCGCUGGAAGCAGACUUGUAGAAGGUGUGCCUCAGUUACUGAUUCUGCUGAGUGGUGGAAGGUCAUUUGAUAAUGUUGACACACCAGCCUCAUCCCUGAAGGAGCUGGGAGUGCUUAUCUUUGGGAUAGGGUCAAGGAGCUCAGACAGCGGGGAACUCCAGAAGAUCUCCCAUGAGCCUAGUUAUGCACUCUCAGUGAGUGACUUCGCUGACCUUCCCAGUGUCCAACAGCAGCUUUUCACCAACAUUAACACGGUCUUUGUAGAGGCCACGCCUAUCACUACCACAACGAUAGCUGAGGGCCGUAGACAGAGGAGAGAUGUUGUCUUCCUGCUGGAUGGAUCAGAUGGCACUAGGAAUGGGUUCCCAGCAAUGAAAGAAUUUGUGCAAAGAAUGGUGGAGAAAUUGGAAGUAGCUGAGAACAGAGAUCGCGUUUCUGUGGUCCAGUACAGCAGAGACCCAGAGGCCCAUUUCUAUCUGAACACGUACACGACAAAGGAAGAAGUUCUUGACAGUGUCAGAGGUCUGCGGCACAAAGGAGGCAGACCCCUCUACACGGGGGCAGCGCUCCAGUACGUCAGAGACAAUGUCUUUACUGCCUCCUCCGGUAGCAGACGGCUGGAGGGUGUGCCGCAGAUACUGGUUCUGCUUAGCGGGGGAAGGUCAUUGGACAGUGUUGAGGCAGCAGCCUCUUCUCUCAAAGAGCUUGGCGUCUUGACCUUUGGAAUAGGAUCGAGGGGCUCUGAUAGCAGAGAAUUGCAGAGAAUUUCAUACGACCCCAAUUAUGCUCUGUCCGUGUCCGACUUCAGCGAGCUCCCAAAAGUCCAAGAGCAGCUGCUGGCCUCUGUCCAGGCUGUUUCAAUUCCCAUCACUCCAACUACACCGACUGUAACCGCUGAUUACGUCGCACCCAGAAAGGACGUAGUGUUUCUGCUGGACGGUUCAGAUGGCACUAGGAAUUCAUUCCCAGCUAUGCGUGAUUUUGUGCAAAGAGUAGUGGAGCAAUUCGACAUAGAGCCAAACAGAGACCGUGUUUCUGUGGUGCAGUACAGUAGAGACGCCGAGGUCCAUUUCUAUCUGAACAGCUACACGACAAAGGAAGACGUUCUCGACCGUGUCAGAGGUCUGAGACACAAAGGAGGUAGACCCCUCUACACGGGGGCAGCUCUCCAGUACGUCAGAGACAAUGUCUUUACUGCCUCCUCCGGCAGCAGACGGUUGGAGGGUGUGCCGCAGGUACUGAUCCUGCUUAACGGGGGAAGGUCAUUGGACAGUGUUGAUGCAGCAGCCUCCUCUCUGAAAGAGCUUGGCGUCUUGACCUUUGGAAUAGGAUCGAGGGGCUCUGAUAGCAGAGAACUGCAGAGAAUCUCAUACGACCCCAAUUAUGCUCUUUCCGUGUCCGACUUCAGUGAGCUUCCAAAUGUCCAAGAGCAGCUGCUGGCCUCUGUCCAGGCUGUUGCGAUGCCCAUCACUCCAACUACCCCGACUCUCACCGCUGAUGAUGCCGUACCCAGAAAGGACGUAGUGUUUCUGCUGGACGGUUCAGAUGGCACUAGAAAUACAUUCCCAGCGAUGCGUGAAUUUGUGCAAAGAGUAGUGGAGCAAUUCAACAUAGAGGCAAACAGAGACCGUGUUUCUGUGGUGCAGUACAGUAGAGACGCGGAGGUCAAUUUCUAUCUGAAUACCUACUCAACAAAAGGGGAGAUCCUGAACACUGUCAGAGGUCUGAGGCAUAGAGGAGGGAGACCCCUCAACACAGGGGCAGCUCUCCAGUAUGUGAGGGACAGUGUCUUCACUGCCUCUGCGGGGAGUAGAAAGCAAGAGGGUGUCCCUCAGAUUCUUAUCCUCCUCAGUGGAGGACAGUCAAGCGAUAACAUAGAUGCACCUGCCUCUGCCCUGAAAGAGAGGGGAAUCUUGAUUUUUGGCAUUGGCACCAGAAAUUCGAGCAGAGAGGUGCAGAGAAUUGCCAACGAUCCUACCUAUGCACAGUCCAUCAAUGAAUUCUCUGAUCUUCCCAGUGUCCAGCAGCAGUUUAUCAGCUCCCUCAACAAUGUGCUUGUACAAGUCAAGCCAACGACACCUACUGUGGCGGCUGAGCGAAGGAUGGCUAGGAGGGAUGUAGUGUUCCUGCUGGAUGGUUCAGAUGGCACAAGGAGCUCUUUCCCUGCAAUGCGUGACUUUGUUGAGAGGAUGGUGGAGAGACUGAAUGUGUCUGAGAACAGAGACCGUGUGUCUGUGGUCCAGUACAGCAGAGAUCCAGAGGCCCAUUUCUAUCUUAACACAUACUCAAGAAAGGAGGACGUGCUUGACACGCUCAGGGGUCUGAGGCACAAAGGAGGGAGACCCCUCAACACAGGGGCAGCUCUGCAGUACGUGAGGGACAAUGUCUUCACUGCCUCCGCUGGAAGCAGACUUGUAGAAGGUGUGCCUCAGUUACUGAUUCUGCUGAGUGGUGGAAGGUCAUUUGAUAAUGUUGACACACCAGCCUCAUCCCUGAAGGAGCUGGGAGUGCUUAUCUUUGGGAUAGGGUCAAGGAGCUCAGACAGCGGGGAACUCCAGAAGAUCUCCCAUGAGCCUAGUUAUGCACUCUCAGUGAGUGACUUCGCUGACCUUCCCAGUGUCCAACAGCAGCUUUUCACCAACAUUAACACGGUCUUUGUAGAGGCCACGCCUAUCACUACCACAACGAUAGCUGAGGGCCGUAGACAGAGGAGAGAUGUUGUCUUCCUGCUGGAUGGAUCAGAUGGCACUAGGAAUGGGUUCCCAGCAAUGAAAGAAUUUGUGCAAAGAAUGGUGGAGAAAUUGGAAGUAGCUGAGAACAGAGAUCGCGUUUCUGUGGUCCAGUACAGCAGAGACCCAGAGGCCCAUUUCUAUCUGAACACGUACACGACAAAGGAAGAAGUUCUUGACAGUGUCAGAGGUCUGCGGCACAAAGGAGGCAGACCCCUCUACACGGGGGCAGCGCUCCAGUACGUCAGAGACAAUGUCUUUACUGCCUCCUCCGGUAGCAGACGGCUGGAGGGUGUGCCGCAGAUACUGGUUCUGCUUAGCGGGGGAAGGUCAUUGGACAGUGUUGAGGCAGCAGCCUCUUCUCUCAAAGAGCUUGGCGUCUUGACCUUUGGAAUAGGAUCGAGGGGCUCUGAUAGCAGAGAAUUGCAGAGAAUUUCAUACGACCCCAAUUAUGCUCUGUCCGUGUCCGACUUCAGCGAGCUCCCAAAAGUCCAAGAGCAGCUGCUGGCCUCUGUCCAGGCUGUUUCAAUUCCCAUCACUCCAACUACACCGACUGUAACCGCUGAUUACGUCGCACCCAGAAAGGACGUAGUGUUUCUGCUGGACGGUUCAGAUGGCACUAGGAAUUCAUUCCCAGCUAUGCGUGAUUUUGUGCAAAGAGUAGUGGAGCAAUUCGACAUAGAGCCAAACAGAGACCGUGUUUCUGUGGUGCAGUACAGUAGAGACGCCGAGGUCCAUUUCUAUCUGAACAGCUACACGACAAAGGAAGACGUUCUCGACCGUGUCAGAGGUCUGAGACACAAAGGAGGUAGACCCCUCUACACGGGGGCAGCUCUCCAGUACGUCAGAGACAAUGUCUUUACUGCCUCCUCCGGCAGCAGACGGUUGGAGGGUGUGCCGCAGGUACUGAUCCUGCUUAACGGGGGAAGGUCAUUGGACAGUGUUGAUGCAGCAGCCUCCUCUCUGAAAGAGCUUGGCGUCUUGACCUUUGGAAUAGGAUCGAGGGGCUCUGAUAGCAGAGAACUGCAGAGAAUCUCAUACGACCCCAAUUAUGCUCUUUCCGUGUCCGACUUCAGUGAGCUUCCAAAUGUCCAAGAGCAGCUGCUGGCCUCUGUCCAGGCUGUUGCGAUGCCCAUCACUCCAACUACCCCGACUCUGACCGCUGAUGAUGCCGUACCCAGAAAGGACGUAGUGUUUCUGCUGGACGGUUCAGAUGGCACUAGAAAUACAUUCCCAGCGAUGCGUGAAUUUGUGCAAAGAGUAGUGGAGCAAUUCAACAUAGAGGCAAACAGAGACCGUGUUUCUGUGGUGCAGUACAGUAGAGACGCGGAGGUCAAUUUCUAUCUGAAUACCUACUCAACAAAAGGGGAGAUCCUGAACACUGUCAGAGGUCUGAGGCAUAGAGGAGGGAGACCCCUCAACACAGGGGCAGCUCUCCAGUACGUGAGGGACAGUGUCUUCACUGCCUCUGCGGGGAGUAGAAAGCAAGAGGGUGUCCCUCAGAUUCUUAUCCUCCUCAGUGGAGGACGGUCAAGCGAUAACAUAGAUGCACCUGCCUCUGCCCUGAAAGAGAUGGGAAUCUUGAUUUUUGGCAUUGGCACCAGAAAUUCGAGCAGAGAGGUGCAGAGAAUUGCCAACGAUCCUACCUAUGCACAGUCCAUCAAUGAAUUCUCUGAUCUUCCCAGUGUCCAGCAGCAGUUUAUCAGCUCCCUCAACAAUGUGCUUGUACAAGUCAAGCCAACGACACCUACUGUGGCGGCUGAGCGAAGGAUGGCUAGGAGGGAUGUAGUGUUCCUGCUGGAUGGUUCAGAUGGCACAAGGAGCUCUUUCCCUGCAAUGCGUGACUUUGUUGAGAGGAUGGUGGAGAGACUGAAUGUGUCUGAGAACAGAGACCGUGUGUCUGUGGUCCAGUACAGCAGAGAUCCAGAGGCCCAUUUCUAUCUUAACACAUACUCAAGAAAGGAGGACGUGCUUGACACGCUCAGGGGUCUGAGGCACAAAGGAGGGAGACCCCUCAACACAGGGGCAGCUCUGCAGUACGUGAGGGACAAUGUCUUCACUGCCUCCGCUGGAAGCAGACUUGUAGAAGGUGUGCCUCAGUUACUGAUUCUGCUGAGUGGUGGAAGGUCAUUUGAUAAUGUUGACACACCAGCCUCAUCCCUGAAGGAGCUGGGAGUGCUUAUCUUUGGGAUAGGGUCAAGGAGCUCAGACAGCGGGGAACUCCAGAAGAUCUCCCAUGAGCCUAGUUAUGCACUCUCAGUGAGUGACUUCGCUGACCUUCCCAGUGUCCAACAGCAGCUUUUCACUAACAUUAACACAGUCUUUGUAGAGGCCACGCCUAUCACUACCACAACGAUAGCUGAGGGCCGUAGACAGAGGAGAGAUGUUGUCUUCCUGCUGGAUGGAUCAGAUGGCACUAGGAAUGGGUUCCCAGCAAUGAAAGAAUUUGUGCAAAGAAUGGUGGAGAAAUUGGAAGUAGCUGAGAACAGAGAUCGCGUUUCUGUGGUCCAGUACAGCAGAGACCCAGAGGCCCAUUUCUAUCUGAACACGUACACGACAAAGGAAGAAGUUCUUGACAGUGUCAGAGGUCUGCGGCACAAAGGAGGCAGACCCCUCUACACGGGGGCAGCGCUCCAGUACGUCAGAGACAAUGUCUUUACUGCCUCCUCCGGUAGCAGACGGCUGGAGGGUGUGCCGCAGAUACUGGUUUUUCUUAGCGGGGGAAGGUCAUUGGACAGUGUUGAGGCAGCAGCCUCUUCUCUCAAAGAGCUUGGCGUCUUGACCUUUGGAAUAGGAUCGAGGGGCUCUGAUAGCAGAGAAUUGCAGAGAAUUUCAUACGACCCCAGUUAUGCUCUGUCCGUGUCCGACUUCAGCGAGCUCCCAAAAGUCCAAGAGCAGCUGCUGGCCUCUGUCCAGGCUGUUUCAAUUCCCAUCACUCCAACUACACCGACUGUAACCGCUGAUUACGUCGCACCCAGAAAGGACGUAGUGUUUCUGCUGGACGGUUCAGAUGGCACUAGGAAUUCAUUCCCAGCUAUGCGUGAUUUUGUGCAAAGAGUAGUGGAGCAAUUCGACAUAGAGCUAAACAGAGACCGUGUUUCUGUGGUGCAGUACAGUAGUGACACCGAGGUCCAUUUCUAUCUGAACAGCUACACGACAAAGGAAGACGUUCUCGACCGUGUCAGAGGUCUGAGACACAAAGGAGGUAGACCCCUCUACACGGGGGCAGCUCUCCAGUACGUCAGAGACAAUGUCUUUACUGCCUCCUCCGGCAGCAGACGGUUGGAGGGUGUGCCGCAGGUACUGAUCCUGCUUAACGGGGGAAGGUCAUUGGACAGUGUUGAUGCAGCAGCCUCCUCUCUGAAAGAGCUUGGCGUCUUGACCUUUGGAAUAGGAUCGAGGGGCUCUGAUAGCAGAGAACUGCAGAGAAUCUCAUACGACCCCAAUUAUGCUCUGUCCGUGUCCGACUUCAGCGAGCUCCCAAAAGUCCAAGAGCAGCUGCUGGCCUCUGUCCAGGCUGUUUCAAUUCCCAUCACUCCAACUACACCGACUGUAACCGCUGAUUACGUCGCACCCAGAAAGGACGUAGUGUUUCUGCUGGACGGUUCAGAUGGCACUAGGAAUUCAUUCCCAGCUAUGCGUGAUUUUGUGCAAAGAGUAGUGGAGCAAUUCGACAUAGAGCCAAACAGAGACCGUGUUUCUGUGGUGCAGUACAGUAGAGACGCCGAGGUCCAUUUCUAUCUGAACAGCUACACGACAAAGGAAGACGUUCUCGACCGUGUCAGAGGUCUGAGACACAAAGGAGGUAGACCCCUCUACACGGGGGCAGCUCUCCAGUACGUCAGAGACAAUGUCUUUACUGCCUCCUCCGGCAGCAGACGGUUGGAGGGUGUGCCGCAGGUACUGAUCCUGCUUAACGGGGGAAGGUCAUUGGACAGUGUUGAUGCAGCAGCCUCCUCUCUGAAACAGCUUGGCGUCUUGACCUUUGGAAUAGGAUCGAGGGGCUCUGAUAGCAGAGAACUGCAGAGAAUCUCAUACGACCCCAAUUAUGCUCUUUCCGUGUCCGACUUCAGUGAGCUUCCAAAUGUCCAAGAGCAGCUGCUGGCCUCUGUCCAGGCUGUUGCGAUGCCCAUCACUCCAACUACCCCGACUCUCACCGCUGAUGAUGCCGUACCCAGAAAGGACGUAGUGUUUCUGCUGGACGGUUCAGAUGGCACUAGAAAUACAUUCCCAGCGAUGCGUGAAUUUGUGCAAAGAGUAGUGGAGCAAUUCAACAUAGAGGCAAACAGAGACCGUGUUUCUGUGGUGCAGUACAGUAGAGACGCGGAGGUCAAUUUCUAUCUGAAUACCUACUCAACAAAAGGGGAGAUCCUGAACACUGUCAGAGGUCUGAGGCAUAGAGGAGGGAGACCCCUCAACACAGGGGCAGCUCUCCAGUACGUGAGGGACAGUGUCUUCACUGCCUCUGCGGGGAGUAGAAAGCAAGAGGGUGUCCCUCAGAUUCUUAUCCUCCUCAGUGGAGGACGGUCAAGCGAUAACAUAGAUGCACCUGCCUCUGCCCUGAAAGAGAUGGGAAUCUUGAUUUUUGGCAUUGGCACCAGAAAUUCGAGCAGAGAGGUGCAGAGAAUUGCCAACGAUCCUACCUAUGCACAGUCCAUCAAUGAAUUCUCUGAUCUUCCCAGUGUCCAGCAGCAGUUUAUCAGCUCCCUCAACAAUGUGCUUGUACAAGUCAAGCCAACGACACCUACUGUGGCGGCUGAGCGAAGGAUGGCUAGGAGGGAUGUAGUGUUCCUGCUGGAUGGUUCAGAUGGCACAAGGAGCUCUUUCCCUGCAAUGCGUGACUUUGUUGAGAGGAUGGUGGAGAGACUGAAUGUGUCUGAGAACAGAGACCGUGUGUCUGUGGUCCAGUACAGCAGAGAUCCAGAGGCCCAUUUCUAUCUUAACACAUACUCAAGAAAGGAGGACAUGCUUGACACGCUCAGGGGUCUGAGGCACAAAGGAGGGAGACCCCUCAACACAGGGGCAGCUCUGCAGUACGUGAGGGACAAUGUCUUCACUGCCUCCGCUGGAAGCAGACUUGUAGAAGGUGUGCCUCAGUUACUGAUUCUGCUGAGUGGUGGAAGGUCAUUUGAUAAUGUUGACACACCAGCCUCAUCCCUGAAGGAGCUGGGAGUGCUUAUCUUUGGGAUAGGGUCAAGGAGCUCAGACAGCGGGGAACUCCAGAAGAUCUCCCAUGAGCCUAGUUAUGCACUCUCAGUGAGUGACUUCGCUGACCUUCCCAGUGUCCAACAGCAGCUUUUCACCAACAUUAACACGGUCUUUGUAGAGGCCACGCCUAUCACUACCACAACGAUAGCUGAGGGCCGUAGACAGAGGAGAGAUGUUGUCUUCCUGCUGGAUGGAUCAGAUGGCACUAGGAAUGGGUUCCCAGCAAUGAAAGAAUUUGUGCAAAGAAUGGUGGAGAAAUUGGAAGUAGCUGAGAACAGAGAUCGCGUUUCUGUGGUCCAGUACAGCAGAGACCCAGAGGCCCAUUUCUAUCUGAACACGUACACGACAAAGGAAGAAGUUCUUGACAGUGUCAGAGGUCUGCGGCACAAAGGAGGCAGACCCCUCUACACGGGGGCAGCGCUCCAGUACGUCAGAGACAAUGUCUUUACUGCCUCCUCCGGUAGCAGACGGCUGGAGGGUGUGCCGCAGAUACUGGUUUUUCUUAGCGGGGGAAGGUCAUUGGACAGUGUUGAGGCAGCAGCCUCUUCUCUCAAAGAGCUUGGCGUCUUGACCUUUGGAAUAGGAUCGAGAGGCUCUGAUAGCAGAGAAUUGCAGAGAAUUUCAUACGACCCCAGUUAUGCUCUGUCCGUGUCCGACUUCAGCGAGCUCCCAAAAGUCCAAGAGCAGCUGCUGGCCUCUGUCCAGGCUGUUUCAAUUCCCAUCACUCCAACUACACCGACUGUAACCGCUGAUUACGUCGCACCCAGAAAGGACGUAGUGUUUCUGCUGGACGGUUCAGAUGGCACUAGGAAUUCAUUCCCAGCUAUGCGUGAUUUUGUGCAAAGAGUAGUGGAGCAAUUCGACAUAGAGCUAAACAGAGACCGUGUUUCUGUGGUGCAGUACAGUAGUGACACCGAGGUCCAUUUCUAUCUGAACAGCUACACGACAAAGGAAGACGUUCUCGACCGUGUCAGAGGUCUGAGACACAAAGGAGGUAGACCCCUCUACACGGGGGCAGCUCUCCAGUACGUCAGAGACAAUGUCUUUACUGCCUCCUCCGGCAGCAGACGGUUGGAGGGUGUGCCGCAGGUACUGAUCCUGCUUAACGGGGGAAGGUCAUUGGACAGUGUUGAUGCAGCAGCCUCCUCUCUGAAAGAGCUUGGCGUCUUGACCUUUGGAAUAGGAUCGAGGGGCUCUGAUAGCAGAGAACUGCAGAGAAUCUCAUACGACCCCAAUUAUGCUCUGUCCGUGUCCGACUUCAGCGAGCUCCCAAAAGUCCAAGAGCAGCUGCUGGCCUCUGUCCAGGCUGUUUCAAUUCCCAUCACUCCAACUACACCGACUGUAACCGCUGAUUACGUCGCACCCAGAAAGGACGUAGUGUUUCUGCUGGACGGUUCAGAUGGCACUAGGAAUUCAUUCCCAGCUAUGCGUGAUUUUGUGCAAAGAGUAGUGGAGCAAUUCGACAUAGAGCCAAACAGAGACCGUGUUUCUGUGGUGCAGUACAGUAGAGACGCCGAGGUCCAUUUCUAUCUGAACAGCUACACGACAAAGGAAGACGUUCUCGACCGUGUCAGAGGUCUGAGACACAAAGGAGGUAGACCCCUCUACACGGGGGCAGCUCUCCAGUACGUCAGAGACAAUGUCUUUACUGCCUCCUCCGGCAGCAGACGGUUGGAGGGUGUGCCGCAGGUACUGAUCCUGCUUAACGGGGGAAGGUCAUUGGACAGUGUUGAUGCAGCAGCCUCCUCUCUGAAACAGCUUGGCGUCUUGACCUUUGGAAUAGGAUCGAGGGGCUCUGAUAGCAGAGAACUGCAGAGAAUCUCAUACGACCCCAAUUAUGCUCUUUCCGUGUCCGACUUCAGUGAGCUUCCAAAUGUCCAAGAGCAGCUGCUGGCCUCUGUCCAGGCUGUUGCGAUGCCCAUCACUCCAACUACCCCGACUCUCACCGCUGAUGAUGCCGUACCCAGAAAGGACGUAGUGUUUCUGCUGGACGGUUCAGAUGGCACUAGAAAUACAUUCCCAGCGAUGCGUGAAUUUGUGCAAAGAGUAGUGGAGCAAUUCAACAUAGAGGCAAACAGAGACCGUGUUUCUGUGGUGCAGUACAGUAGAGACGCGGAGGUCAAUUUCUAUCUGAAUACCUACUCAACAAAAGGGGAGAUCCUGAACACUGUCAGAGGUCUGAGGCAUAGAGGAGGGAGACCCCUCAACACAGGGGCAGCUCUCCAGUACGUGAGGGACAGUGUCUUCACUGCCUCUGCGGGGAGUAGAAAGCAAGAGGGUGUCCCUCAGAUUCUUAUCCUCCUCAGUGGAGGACGGUCAAGCGAUAACAUAGAUGCACCUGCCUCUGCCCUGAAAGAGAGGGGAAUCUUGAUUUUUGGCAUUGGCACCAGAAAUUCGAGCAGAGAGGUGCAGAGAAUUGCCAACGAUCCUACCUAUGCACAGUCCAUCAAUGAAUUCUCUGAUCUUCCCAGUGUCCAGCAGCAGUUUAUCAGCUCCCUCAACAAUGUGCUUGUACAAGUCAAGCCAACGACACCUACUGUGGCGGCUGAUGAUGCCGUACCCAGAAAGGACGUAGUGUUUCUGCUGGACGGUUCAGAUGGCACUAGAAAUACAUUCCCAGCGAUGCGUGAAUUUGUGCAAAGAGUAGUGGAGCAAUUCAACAUAGAGGCAAACAGAGACCGUGUUUCUGUGGUGCAGUACAGUAGAGACGCGGAGGUCAAUUUCUAUCUGAAUACCUACUCAACAAAAGGGGAGAUCCUGAACACUGUCAGAGGUCUGAGGCAUAGAGGAGGGAGACCCCUCAACACAGGGGCAGCUCUCCACUACGUGAGGGACAGUGUCUUCACUGCCUCUGCGGGGAGUAGAAAGCAAGAGGGUGUCCCUCAGAUUCUUAUCCUCCUUAGUGGAGGACGGUCAAGCGAUAACAUAGAUGCACCUGCCUCUGCCCUGAAAGAGAGGGGAAUCUUGAUUUUUGGCAUUGGCACCAGAAAUUCGAGCAGAGAGGUGCAGAGAAUUGCCAACGAUCCUACCUAUGCACAGUCCAUCAAUGAAUUCUCUGAUCUUCCCAGUGUCCAGCAGCAGUUUAUCAGCUCCCUCAGCAAUGUGCUUGUACAAGUCAAGCCAACGACACCUACUGUGGCGGCUGAGCGAAGGAUGGCUACGAGGGAUGUAGUGUUCCUGCUGGAUGGUUCAGAUGGCACAAGGAGCUCUUUCCCGGCAAUGCGUGACUUUGUUGAGAGGAUGGUGGAGAGACUGAAUGUGUCUGAGAACAGAGACCGUGUUUCUGUGGUCCAGUACAGCAGAGAUCCAGAGGCCCAUUUCUAUCUUAACACAUACUCAAGAAAGAAUGACGUGCUUGACACGCUCAGGGGUCUGAGGCACAAAGGAGGGAGACCCCUCAACACAGGGGCAGCUCUGCAGUAUGUGAGAGACAAUGUCUUCACUGCCUCCUCUGGAAGCAGACGUGUUGAAGGCGUGCCUCAGUUACUGAUUCUGCUGAGUGGUGGAAGGUCAUUUGAUAAUGUUGACACACCAGCAUCAUCCCUAAAGGAGUUUGGAGUUCUUAUCUUUGGUAUAGGGUCAAGGAGCUCAGACAGCAGGGAACUUCAGAGGAUUUCCCAUGUGCCUGGUUAUGCUCUUUCAUUGAGUGACUUUGCUGAUCUUUCAACUGUCCAGCAAAAGCUUUUCACCAACAUUAACUCUGUACUUGUAGAGGACACACCCAUCACUACCACAGUAAUAGUGGAGUCAGAAGGACCCAAGAAGGACAUCGUCUUUGUGAUUGAUGGCUCUGAAGGUGUUGGCAGAGAGUUCCCAAUUAUCCAGGAGUUUGUGCGCAGAGUUGUGGAGAACCUCAAUGUUGGUGAGAACAAGAUCCGAGUAGGCGUGGUGCAGUAUGGAGAUUCUCCAUAUGCAGAAAUAUACCUCUACUCACAUAGGACCAAAGAAGGUGUCCUAAAUGGCAUCAAGGAACUCCGACAGCGUGGGGGGAGACAGCGCAACCUUGGUCGGGCCAUUGACUUUGUUGGACGUGAAGUUCUAGAUUCUGGACGUGGUGGAAGGAAACAGGAGGGAGUUCCACAAUUUGUUGUUGUGGUUUCAGGAGGAAAAGCAACAGACGAUAUAAGACCAUCUGCAACUACACUCAAACAGUUAGGAAUUGUCCCCUUUAGCAUAGGAACAAGAGACGUGAGCACUCAGGAAUUGCAAGUGACCUCCUAUGUCCCCAGAUUUGCCUACACAGUUGAUGACUUGCCUGGACUUUAUACAAUUCAGGACACACUCAUCACCACCCUGACUGAGCUAUCUAGUGAGGAGUUAGCAAAUUUGCGCCCUGUGUACCCUACAGACGUUGUAAUUCGAGUACCUCGUGGAGAUAAGAGGGAUGUCGUUUUCCUAAUUGAUGGCACAACAAAGAUGCGCACUCAGUUCCCUGCCAUAAGAGACAUGGUUCAACGAGUGGUGGAGAAGUUGGAUGUGGGUCUUGACAAUGUGAGGGUCUCAGUCGUGCAGUACAGUGAUGAUCCCAAAUUGGAAUUUCUCCUCAAUGAGUACUCCACAAAGGAGGAAGUUCGUCAAUCAAUACGACGGAUGAGAAGCAAAGGUGGCAAUCAGCUUAACACUGGUCAAGCUCUGGAAUAUGUAUCAAAGACCAUCUAUCAAAGAUCAGCUGGAAGCCGUGUAGAAGAGGGUGUGCCCCAGUUUCUCAUCCUGGUAACCGGGGGAAAGUCAAAUGAUGACGUAUCUGGUCCUGCUAACCAACUGAAGUUAAGCCGUGUUGCUCCCUUAGCAGUUGGAGCUCAUGAUGCUGAUGCAGAGGAGCUAAAAUUAAUUUCUUUUAGUCCAGAACUAACAUACACCAUUAGAGACUUCCAGCAACUUCCAACAGUGGAGCAACAGCUUUUGACCAAAGUCAGUACCAUGACCAGAGAUGACAUUUCGACCCCCCCUAUUCCAAAAGAUCCACUUAAUCUUGGAAGAAAGGACAUCAUCUUCCUCAUUGAUGGCUCUGACAGUGUUGGACAAAGCGGUGUUGCUCACAUUCGUGACUUUAUCUUGAAAGUAGUUGAUCAGCUUGAUGUACGACCUGACCAAGUUCGCGUGGCUUUAGUACAGUAUGGUGAAAGACCUAAAACUGAAUUCUCUUUGAACUCCCACGACAAUAAGCAAUCUGUCAUUUCUGCAAUCAAAAGACUACGUCACAUGGGUGGACGUGGUGCUGACCUUGCUGAGGCAAUAAAGUAUGUGAUUCGAAAUGAGCUGCAGGCUUCUGCUGGGGUACGUCUAGCACAGGCUUCCCAGCAUUUGGUUGUGCUCACUGGUGGAAGGUCAACAUCCGAUGUAUCUACUUAUGGCCCAAUUCUCAAAGGCUCUCGGGUCAAUUGUAUAGGAAUUGGUGCACAAAAUGCAGACGCAAGACAGCUGGCACAGAUUACUACCACUUCUGAUGAUGUCCUGCAGGUGCCUACUUUCCCAAAUCUUCCAAACAUACAGAGCAAGUUUAUAGCCAGACUUAAUGGAACAAUUGCAGAAGAACCUACCUUUGAGCCAUAUCCUGAACCCCUACAGCCCAAGGCUGCUGACAUUGUCUUUUUGGUUGAUGGCUCAAUCAAUCUUGGCAAGGACAAUUUCAAAGAGGUCAUGGAAUUCAUUCUCAAUUUAAUUGACCUGUUCUUUACUGAGAGAGACAAACUUCAGAUUGGUCUAGCACAUUAUGCUACUGAUGUGACCGAUGUAUUCUACCUCAACACCUACAAAAAUAAGGAUGAUAUUAUCAAUGCCAUAACUCGAGCAGAGUACAAGGGAGGUCGAGAAAUUAAAACAGGAAAUGCCAUUCGCCAUGUUCAGAAAACACAUUUUAUCAAAGAAAGAGGCAGUCGGAAGGAUGAGGGAAUUCCACAGAUCCUAAUAGUAGUCACUGGUGGACGGUCAAGAGAUGACAGUAAAACAGCGGCAUUAGGUCUCAAAGCCAGUGGUGUGCGCAUCUAUGCUGUUGGGGUGGGUGAUAUAGAGAAUGAGCUCAAUAAUUUGGGCAGUGAAACUACUACGGUGGCCCGAGCCAGCACCUUCCAAGAGCUCUCUGAGCUGAAUGAGCAGAUUUUGGAAACACUUGAUGAUGAGGUGAAAGGAAUAGGACUGUGCACUGGAAUAAAGUUUCCUACGAAAGCAUGCAAGUUGGAUGUUCUUGUGGGGUUUGAUGUGGCUGCACAGAACAUUUUUGCUGCUCAGAGAUCAUUAGAGACAAAGAUGGCUGGUAUUCUCCAACGCAUUACCCAGAUGCAGCCCAUCAGCUGCACUUCUGGCCAGGUUCCCUCAAUACAAGUGGGCAUGUUAGCGAUGGACUCUGCCUCAGAGCCCGUUCAGCUGGAUUUCACCAACAGAUACACAGAGAUUCUCGAGCCCUUCAAGGCCCUCCGAAAUCGUGGACCUUUUGUUCUGAAUGGUGCCACAAUCAAGGCUUAUGCUGAUAGAUUGAAGAAUCAGCCUACAGAUAGUAUCAAGGUUGUGAUCCACUUAACUGAUGGAUUAGAUGCCCAGUACAACAUUCUGAAAGAGCGAGUUGAACUGAUGCGUUUAGCUGGUGUUAGUAGUUUCAUUCUUGUUGCACUGGAGAGAGUGCCACGAUUUGAAGAUGCAGUUCUCUUGGAAUUUGGCCGUGGCUUCAGGUACACACGACCUCUGCGUGUCAAUCUCAUAGACUUGGAUUAUGAACUUCUAGAAGAACUGGAUAACAUUGCUGAGCGGGAAUGCUGUUCCGUUCCAUGCAAGUGUAAUGGCCAGAGAGGGGACAGGGGAGCUGUUGGCGUUCCUGGACUAAAGGGUCAACCUGGUGGUCCGGGCUUCAGUGGACAUCCUGGUGAUGAAGGCGGUCCGGGAGAGAGAGGUCCACCUGGUGUAAAUGGAACUCAAGGAUUCCAAGGAUGUCCAGGUCAAAGAGGUGUUAAAGGAUCUCGAGGAUACAAUGGUGAAAAGGGUGAAAUUGGAGAGAUUGGUUUAGAUGGAAUCAAUGGAGAAGAGGGAACAAGUGGCGUUGCUGGCCCUCCAGGAGAUAGAGGAAACCCCGGCCAAAGGGGGCCUAAAGGAGCCAAAGGCCAGGCAGGAGAUGUUGGUCAGACUGGAAUACGUGGUGAUCCAGGCACCCCAGGAAGAGACAACAACCAGAGGGGACCAAAAGGUGACCAAGGCGAUGCUGGCCCAGCGGGAGAGCCAGGAGUGGACGGAAAUAAGGGAGGUCCUGGUGAACCAGGCAGACAGGGCUCUGAUGGUAGAAGGGGGCCUCCUGGUCAAGCUGGUGCUGCUGGAAGGCCCGGAAGUGAUGGUUUAGCAGGAGAGACGGGAAUUGGAGGACCUCGGGGUCCCGCUGGACCAAUUGGAGCACCUGGUAUUAGAGGAGAGGAUGGAAACCCUGGUCCAAGGGGGCCAGGAGGACUGCCAGGACCUGCUGGAGAAAAGGGUAGAAGAGGUGCCAUUGGCCGUAAGGGUGAACCAGGGGAGCCGGGACCUAAAGGUGUUGUUGGACCCCAGGGACCCCGCGGGGAGCCUGGUGAGGAUGGACGAGAUGGGUUUGGUGUACCUGGUCCUAAAGGAAGAAAGGGUGAUGAAGGUUUCCCUGGUUUCCCUGGUCCAAAGGGUGAAGCAGGUGACCCUGGUUCAAAUGGAGGACCUGGACCUAGAGGAAACAAUGGCCAGAGGGGUACCUCAGGAGCACGUGGUGGGCCUGGUCAAAAGGGAGAUAAUGGAUACCCAGGUCCCUAUGGCCUAAAAGGACCCAGAGGAGUUGGUCCAGUGCAAUGUGAUCUGGUCAAGAAAAUUAGGGAUAACUGUCCUUGCUGCUAUGGUGCUCAGGUAUGUCCCCUAUACCCCACUGAGCUGGCCUUUGCCCUGGAUGCAUCUGAUGGUGUAACACGCUCUGCUUUCAACAACAUGCGGGACACUGUUCUCCGCUUGGUCAGUGACAUCACUAUUGCUGAGAGCAACUGUCCCCGGGGCGCUCGUGUUGCUCUAGCGCUCUACAACAAUGAGGUGACUACAGAGAUACGCUUUGCAGAUACCCAGAAGAAGCGAGCACUUGUUGAGCGAGUUCAAGGGCUCCAGGCUCUGCAGACCCGUAAGCAGCGCAGCUUGGAUACGGCUAUGAACUUCAUUGCACAGAACACAUUCAAGAGAGUUCGCAGUGGCUUCCUUGUACGCAAGCUUGCUGUUUUCUUUGUCAACGGCCCUAUUACGGUCACACAAGAAUUCAGUGCCGCUGCUCUGCGCCUCUAUGAUGCAGGAAUUUCCUCUGUAUUCCUUCUUAACCGUGAAGAUCGUCAACUCACAAGAGCCUUGCAGCUUAACAACACUGCGUUAGCCCAGAUUAUUGUCCUACCCUCACCUGGAAGUGCUGAAUACAACAAUGUAAUCAAGAAGAUCAUGACCUGCCAUAUCUGCAUAGAUUUCUGUGCCCCAGAUCAGAUCUGUGAUAAUAGUCCUGGACGUGGAGUCCGUGUCCGAGACCGAAGGGAUCCCACCACUGACUUGGACAUCGACAUGGCCUUCAUUCUCGAUAGCUCAGAGAGCACCUGGCCUUCCGUCUUCAUAGAGAUAAAGCAAUAUUUGGCUCUAAUGAUAGAACAGCUAGAGAUGUCCCCUGAGCCAACCAGCACUACCCAUCAUGCUCGAGUGGCACUUGUCCAGCAUGCACCUUAUGAAUACUUGCACAAUGGCAGUGGUAUUCCCAUCAGCGUGGCCUUUGGUUUGACAGAUCACAAGUCACCAAGCAGUGUUCGAAGCUUCUUACAGGAUAAGGUGUACCAGUUGGAGGGAGGACGUGCCCUUGCAGCUGCUCUUGAAGGCACUGUUGAACAUGUGUUUGAGAAGGCGCCACAUCCCCGCCACUUGAAAGUAUUAGUUAUUUUGGUGACUGGACCAGUUGAACUGCAUGAGGAGAGGAUAAUAAGGGCCGCCACUGAAGUUAAAUGCAAAGGGUACUUCAUAGUGGUGAUGGCAGUUGGAAAGCUGUUCGGUGCAGGUGAUAUCCGUGUCCUGGCCCAAGUGGCAAGCGAGCCUUCAGAUGUGUUCUUUAAGAGGGUGGAUAGACCUUCGGGCUUCUAUGAUGACCAUAUUCAGACAUUUGCCAGACUGUUGCCCAAGUACCUCGGCCUUGAAAAUGCUUUAUACCUGUCACCUGAAGUCGCUAAGAAGUGCCAGUGGUAUCAGAGUGACCAGCCACACAAAGUCCCAUUCAAUUUACCACAAACAGAGGAGAAACAACAGAAGCAUUAUGGACAGCAGGAGGUUCAUGACAGGAAACAUAAAGAAACAGGUAUGGAGGAACUGCAUCUGGUUAACGUCACCUCCAGCGGAUUCUCCCUACAGUGGUUGAGUGGCGAUUCAAAGGCAACCCAUGAGGUUACUGUGACUCGUCUGAAGGAUCAUAGUCUGGUACUGAGGAAAAAUGUGACUGGCAACCAUCUCUCCAUUACUGAGCUGGAGGCAGCCCAAACCUAUCACGUAGUGGUCAACACUCACAGUGCCAGUGGUCAUGUUGCCAGCACCUACAAAGGCAUUGUUCCCACAAAAUCAGCACAUCCGAAGGUCCUUACUGUAAGUGAUGUGAUGGGGAUUGUGCCCACUGCACCCUUGAGUAAACCAGAAACAAAAUCAACAGAACAGAAAAUUCUUAAUACCAGCGAAAUGAUUGGGUCGAUGUCUACUGCACCCUUGAGUAAACCAGAAAUUAAAUCAGCAGAACAGAAGGUUAUUAUUCCAAGUGAAGUGAUGGGGAGUGGGCCUUCUGCUCCCUUAAGUAAACCAGAAAUUAAAACGGCAGAACAGAAGGUUCUUGCUCCGAGUGAAGUAAUGGGGAUGGUGUCCUCUGCAUCUUUAAGUAAACCAGAAAUAAUUAACAAUUUUAUGGACCCAUGCUCACUUGACUUUGACACUGGACUGCAAUGCAAAGAUUACCAAGCUAAGUGGUACUUUGACAGAAAGAACGGAUUCUGUACACAGUUCUGGUAUGGAGGUUGUGGAGGAAAUGACAAUAGGUUUGAGACUGAGGCUGAUUGCCUCAAACGCUGCAUAAAGACAGUGGCUGAGCAUAAAGCAAGUGACGAGCAGGUCAAAGCUGUUCUCCCCCCAGCACCAGCUCCAGGUGCCCUGCACUCCAGUGUGGAUAUCUGCAAGCUACCAAAAGAAGAAGGCUCCUGUGCUAAAUUUGUGCUUAAAUGGCAUUAUGACCCGCUUAGUGGAACCUGUACUCGCUUCUGGUACGGAGGUUGUGGAGGGAACCAGAAUCGCUUUGAUACACAAGAUGAGUGUGAGAAGGCCUGUGGAAAAGCGGCACCUGUUCAACAAGGGAUCAUUGCUGCAGUUAAAACAUAGGAACUAAUGAAGACUGUAAGCUAACCGCUGACAACACUCAGAGGAUAUCGCACCAAAAAAUAGAAGCUUCACCACAGCCAAGAUGCCUGCACUGGACCCUGCCAGAGGAUUUGAUCCAAAGAAAACCUUGAAGUAGUAUUUUCCAUAUAAGAAAAAAAAAAAGCAGAACAAGCUUCUUUGUUUCGUGCUGGUGCUACAAUCAGUUUCUUUAAUAUUUUUAUUGUUUUAUUUUUAAUGUGUGUAUGGGUUUGAAUGAAACCCAGUGUAAAUGUCCAGGGCAAAAUAGCUUUUUUUUUUUUUUUUGAAAGAAUGUUCUGUUUUAAUCACGUGGUUUGUUUUUGGAAAUAUCUUGAUGAAAACAUAUCAAUAAAUCUUUGUAGUUAUGAGACAGGUUCAUGACAGUUUAGUUCAAUAUAGUAAAUUCUGCUCCUAAAUUACUUCAGUCCCCUUAUCGGGCUUUUUUUUUUUUUUUUUUUUUUUUUUUUUUACUGCUUGGAAGGAAGAAUCUUAAUUGCUCUUUCUGGUCAUACCGCUGGAGAUCUCCACUGACUCCACUGAAUCUCCAAGCAAAUGCUAUGUUAAUGUUUGUAAAUUAGGCAAUUAUAAAAUGAACCAUCUGAAAUCAAUGUAAUGUUUUUUUUUAAAUAACUAUGGAUUUUUGGAAUCAUUGCCUUACACACAAGUUUUGAUUUCAAAAGGCAAUUAGAAUGUACUUUUCAAGCUUUAUUUUUUGGGAGGGAUGGUGUUUUUUUUUUAACUUUGUAUUUCACUUGGAAAUGGGAAGAUAUAAAUAAAUUAGUCUUUAUAUAAAA